AUGGUGGAUAUACUACGGAAGUUUGUCAGAGAAGAGCGCUUUGGCAACUGGGCGUUGCACAUUGACGCUGUGUCAGAAAUGCUGCGCUACCUGGCAGCUUCUGGGCACAACCCCUACACCAAAUCAGCCUACCUCUGUGUGCAUCGGAUGAGCAAGCUCAAGGAUGAACGUCAAGAUAUGAUGGGAUGUGACCUCCACCCUGACUCAACAAAUACCGACGUUUGUAGCGUCGAUAACUUUACACCUUCAUGUCAAGAAGGGUCUGAAUGGCAACUGAUCUUCAAAGGGGUUGCUGGGACGGGAAUUAAGUUGUAUGAUCUCUGGACUAACACCACGUGGGGUGAAGAUUUGGGGUGUCAUGGGAACUAUCGAAACAAAGCUUUAUACGAUGCUUGGAACGAUAGAAAGUUGAACGUCAAGCAGGUCAAGCUGUCAUUGUAUGACGACACUGGGGUCAAAGUUAAAUUGGUAUUCAAGGGAACAGACUCAGACAUUUUGAGCUGGUUCGCCAAGGAGCGCCUUGUAUCCUCUCUAUGGAGUGACCUGACAACAACAGCCACUACGAAUUACUUCUCUAUCGAUGGAGAUGUGACCUCUAUUCUUUUGAUAGAUCGGCGGUUCUUCAUCAAUAUGAACUACGGUGGAUGUGAUAUCGACCGUGGCUGGAUGGUGGUGGUAGAUUCAGAAGGACCUUGCUCAUGGGAGAAAUCAUUCAGCAGUUAUCCUGCUAUAAUGUACAGUACAAACUACACAUCAACUACUUUUAAUGACGCAAGAAAUGAUAAAAUUUUGGGCAUAGCUGAUUACUUGACCAUCCACAUCGAUACGGAGUGA